GAGUGGGAGUGUGCAACAGGCUGAGAGAGUGUGUAUGUGGUGAGAGUGUGCGUGAAUAUAAGGGAGUGCAGCGCAACAACCAACCUCACAGCUAAUUAGUUCAACCCUUGAUAAAAGCUGGGCCAGCCAGUGAAGAGAACCCCUGGGGGCUCCACAGACUGCUCUGGAGGCUAGAGAGGAGAAGGCUAAUACAGGUGGAGCUUAACUGAUGUUUCGAACUUCUCCGGAGCAUGUGAGAGCUGGAGACGAAGAAGGAGGAUUGCUGCGGGACGUGUGGGACUAGCAGUUGGAGAUCAUGUCUGGACCAGAUUCAGAUGAUGACAGAGCCUUCAAAGACUUAAAUGUUGUGGGAAUGCUUCACCAGUUUUGGGAGCAGAAGCAAAUGAAAGGCAUGAUGAUGGAGACAGAGAAUCUGGUAGUCUAUGAGUCCAUUCCCUCACCCGGCCCUCCGUACAUAUGCUAUGUCACCUUACCAGGUGGCAGCUGCUUCGGAAAUCUGAAGUACUGCUACAGUAAAGCCGAGGCCAGACGUGAUGCAGCUCGCAUUGCUCUGAUGAACUCCACAUUUAACGAGUUGCCCUGCCGCCGCAUCACUCCCGAGUUCAUAUCACGCAGCGUGAAGGAAGCCGUCAGCACCACCAGCAGUAACAUUGCAGAUGCAUCUGACCCCAGUACCAGCAUAGGAGCGUACUGUCUCAUGCUGGAGCUGAACACUGGGAAAACCAUGCUGGAAUUUCAGGAAAUUAUGACUGUUUUUCAACUUCUGCACUGGAAUGGCACUCUGAAGACUUUUCGGCAGAUGAGAUGUAGCCGCCAGGAGGUGAUCCUGUACUACUCCCAGCAGCGUCUGGACGAGCGUACGCGCAGCCACAUGGCUCUGGACUGGUUACAGAAGGAGCAGCAAUCGCCCGGCCUGCUCUCCCAAGAGCUGCAGCUGGCCAUGAAGGAGCUGGGGGAGGCCCGCAGAAUCGGCAGGGAGCUCCGUUUCUAUAAGGAGAAGAAAGAAAUCCUGAGCUUAGCUCUCAGUCACGCUAAUGCUGAGGAUCUGGAGGGCUACCAGAGUGAGGAGAUGUCCUGGAGGGAAGAGACUGAGUUUGAGUACUAUGCCCAGGAGGGACACUGUCUGGAGGAGAGUAUGACCAAUACUUCUGAGCACUGUCAGUGUCACUCUCAGGAGAGUGAUAGAGAAUCAAUGGAGUGAGCUCUGUGAGACAAAAUGUAUAUACUGUACAUCUUCUUUCAUACCCUUUAAAAACACAGGUUCCAAAAUGUGAUGUUCACAGCCAAGCUAUAGAAAAACAACUUUGGGUUCUCCAAAGAAACUAUAAUGUAGCACAUAUUCUUAAUUUCCUGUGCAUUUUAACACAUAAAAAUGGUAAUAAAGAUGUGAUGUAUAUAUAUUUUUUGCUGGUGUUAGUUUUACAAAUGUUUAGAGAGUUCCUAUCUGCACGAGUACGUUUUUAUUUGUGGUUGUUUUGAUCUUCUGCCAGUCUGCCAGUAGAGGACGCUGUUUCUGUACUUUUGUAAUGAAGUGUCUGUCCUAAUUUAACAGAAAGGAGCGCUAACAGCACUGUCAUUAUUCAUUUUUUAUUGUCGUUCUUGACUAGAAAUGUGAUUAACUCAUUUUUUAUUCCAAACAAAUACACACGCCUAAGCAGCUUCUACUGAACAUUUGCUAAUUAAAAUCAUUCCUUUGUAGAAGUAAUUGUGAAUAAAUGUAGGACCUGUUUGCAAUGUUUUGAUUAAAAUGGUAACCCUGACUAAUGUCCAUUAAAAUGGCUUCCUGUGU